AUGAAGAAUGGAGGAAACGCCAUUUUAAAGCUAACCCUACUCAUGGCAGACGUCGUUUUCUUCGAACCUCGCAAAGGCAAUGUAUUCGUGACUUCGGGUGGCUCAACUAAAAGACUUGCUAAUCAGACCAACAGAAGAGUAGCGUAUAAAUUUGUUUUCCCGCCAGACUCCAGCUUUUUCGCCAAACCUGAACAAAUGUACGGUUUCAUUCCUCGAGGAGGAAAAAUUAGUCCAGGAAAAGGAACUACCGAAAAGAUGACAAUUCAGUUUGCAGCAGUCGAGGAGGGGGCCAACGAUCCACAAGCGAGCUUUGCAACUGGAAGGCCGAUGGGAGAAUUUGCUGGCGAAACAAUUGUGACAUUAGUUGGCACAGAAUAA